AUCUCGUAAUCAUAAUUCUAACUUUACCAACACUACGCACUGUUGAACGUUUCCUAAAACGUUUGAUAUAUUAUCACGAAUUUCAAAGACACAUCGGGGCGGUUGAGGAAUAAUUCAUAGUUAUCAUUAUCGUCUAGAUGUUAUCGAAUAUCAACGUUCAUCAUCGUCACAGAAUAUAGAGAAAGAAAUAGAGAGAGAGAAAGAGAGAGAGAGAGAGAGAGAGAGAGAGAGAGAGAGAGAGAGAGAAGAAUAGAGAUAGAAAGAAGAGCAUAAGGUUAAGCAUGGCUACGUUCGUCAUCGUCGAGGUAUCGUCGCCGCCAUCCUUCUUCUUCUUCUUCUACUUCUACUUCUACUUCUACUUCUUCUUCUUCUUCUUGAUCUUUUCGCUCGUCUCCAACGGCGUCACUGCCUAAACGUCGGUUAGGUUAGAGUCUUUCGUUGGUAUCGCGUCUUCGAGGUCCGCGCCGGUUGGAUAUCGGUGCCAAGGAGGCGGUGUGGACCACGGUUAGAAGGAGAGUUAGUUAGAGAGGGAGAAAGAGAGAGAGAGAAAGAGAAGGGGUUAGAGGGGUGGCGUUGGACUCUUGCGUUCAUCGUGGUGGAGGAAAAGAGAGAGAGAGAAAGAGAGAGAGAAGAGAAGAGAGUUUGCUUGGUAAGAAGAGAAAGAGAGAGAUAGAGCGAGAGCGAAGAGAGGAAAGGGGCUUGCUCCUAUAUCGUUGGUAUUUUGGUUUUGGCUCGGAUCAGCCCGCGCAGUUCUGGGAGUGGAGUUCUAAAAACAGCAGAGCGUUUUUAAUAUUCCAUCCAGUGGUUCUGAGAAACUCUUUCUUCUCGACGACAUCGUGCAACAAUGGGUCGGAAGAAGAUUCAGAUCUCGCGCAUCACGGACGAACGGAACCGUCAGGUGACCUUUAACAAGAGGAAAUUCGGGGUAAUGAAGAAGGCGUACGAAUUGUCGGUACUAUGCGAUUGCGAGAUUGCGCUGAUUAUCUUUAGUUCGAGCAACAAGCUGUACCAGUAUGCGAGCACCGACAUGGACAAGGUUCUCCUCAAGUACACCGAGUACAACGAACCCCACGAGUCCCUCACCAACAAGAAUAUCAUCGAGGCGCUCAACAAGAAGGAACAUAAGGGUGCCAUGUCUCCGGAGAGUCCGGAACCCGACGCGAUCGAGUACAAUCUUACCCCGCGUACCGAGGCGAAAUACACCAAGAUCGACGAAGAAUUUCAGAUGAUGAUGCAGAGGCACCAGCAUAAUGGCACCAGGGGGAUGGGACAGUCUAAUUACACAUUACCUGUAACUGUGCCGGUGAAUAGUUAUGGUGAAUCUCUUCUUGGAUCUAGUCCUCAGAUGGCACAUACAAGCAUUUCUCCCAGACCUUCAUCGUCUGAAACAGAUUCAGUUUAUCCACCAGGAGGAAUGUUAGAAAUGAGUAAUGGCUAUCCUCCAUCAGCUUCCCCGUUAGGCGGAUCACCUAGUCCAGGACCUUCACCAGCACUUGGAGUUGGUGGAGGUAGCGCGAAUAAAGGCAGUAAUCCAUCAAGGCAUUCGCCACAACCACCACCACCUCCACCACCACCACAUCCUCACAGAGCCAACCUUCGAGUAGUUAUACCGACACCUCUCACACAACCACUUUCUGAAGACACCAAUUACGACAGCGGUCACACACAAUCUGCAUUGAACACACCGGUAGUAGCAUUACAGACACCUUCGGUACCAGCUGGGUAUUCCAGUUUUGGUCCAACGGACUAUUCCUCAGAUCUAGGAAGUCUUGCAUGGUCUCAUCAGAGGUACGUUGAUGACUUAUCAAUGUAUUCGGCCACCAUGUCCAGCAUCAGCGGUCUUCCUCAUUUAGCUGUUUCGAGCAGCACUCCUCCGCCAUCGACGUCGCCUUUACCAGUGAAAAUAAAAAGUGAACCGAUAAGUCCACCCCGAGAUCCACACGGAGGUAACAGUGGUUCGAGUGGAGGACCAAGUAACGCCAGUAAUUUGCAUCAUACAAACUUGAAUGUCGGUCCUUCGUCUAGUACCGGUGCACCACCUCCACAUCAUGUACCUCAUGGCGGCCCUCAGACAUUAAAUUUAGUAUCAAGCAGACCGAGCAGUAAUCCACCUCCAUCCCACUCGGGUAGUAUAACUCCAACAAAUUUACCAUCCCCAGGUAGUGGGACGGUUGGUGAUAUAAGAACGACGAGUCAUGCUGCUAGUGCUGCUAACGGAGGAAAUAGUUCAGAUUAUGAAAAUGGACCGCUUAUGAAACGGUCCAGGAUUACGGAAGGAUGGGCGACUUAAUGUCAAUCGAAUUGUUGCACCCAGUUGUUUCAUACCUCGACGUACAACGGCAUAUAGUGCUUGUGAGUUCCAGUAUAUAUUACAAACUCAUUUUAAACGUCCUUGAGACAUAAUAUACUUCUUCACUUUAAGUGGUUAUGGAUGGUACAUUGUUGGCCAUAGCCAAGAGAGUGGAUUAAAAAACAAGGGAAUGGAAAGGAAAGGAAAGAAAAGGAAAGGAAAGGAAAGGAAAGAGAGAAAAAAAAAAUUAAGAAAGAAUAUCUGUUUAUAUUUUCAAACUAUACACAGAAUACAUUUAUUUGAGGAGAGAAAAAAAAAGAAAUACGGUGCCAUAAUGUUAAAACUUUAUAUAUAUAUAUAUAUAUUCUAUGUAUAUAUAUAUAUGAUGGAUAUAUACAUACAUAUAUAUAUAUAUAUAAAUAUAUUUUCAUGUAUAUAAUAUGAAGUGUUGUUUGUAUAUAUGUCAUAAAAAUUUCAUGAUGGUUUUAAAAAAGACGUGCGACACGUGUCUCUGACAUGGCGCGCAUUGUCAUCUCUCUUGUAUGAGAAACUCCUUUUGAAGAAAAAGGAAAUCACUGUAUGUUAGAUAAACACACAUAUACACACGCAUACAUACACACAUACAAACACACACACACACACACACAAUAUCUAAUUAUGAAAUUUGAAAGUUUACCAAUAUUCUAAUGAAAUAUUGGACGAAUGGCGGAUGAUCGGGAAAUGAUGUGUAUAUGUAGUAAGGGUUGUCAAAGUUGGAUUUUACCAUUGCAAUUCGUUGUUGUUUUGUGUGGUAUAGUAGUCGGUCAGCAGCAUAUCCCGUUGAUUUAGAUUCCACAGAAUAUAUAUAUAUAUAUAUAAAUAUAUAUAUAUAUAUCAAAUACGAACAAUCAGUAAUUUUUAUCAUAUGUGUCUACUCAAGUCGAUCUGUAUAAAUCGGUCCGAUAUGUACGAAGAAUUAAUCUAGUCACUUAAACUAAUAUUCGAAUUGUGCGAAGAGGCGCUCUAUAAUCAAUUCGUUUUAGCACAGGAUUGUCUAUCUCUGUUCAGAUUAAAAAGAUAUACUUUUUAUAACCCGUUCAUUAGAUACAUUUUAUGAUCAUGUUACGACAGUAUAUACACAUUAUUACACGAAUAUGUCUGUUUUUUGCACAUAUUUAUUAUGGCUGUAAUAUUCUUAUAUGCAAUUGUUUCAUAUUCUCAUGAGUACUUAUGUCACUAAUAAGAUAUAAUCCGUUCAAUAUAUAUAUAUAUAUAUAUAUACA